UUACUUGUACAUUUUGAAACAUAUAAAUUGGAGUCAUACAAGACAAUUCGUCAGUUGUAAUUGAAGUUGCAAAUUACGCAUUCUCCUCUGCUUUCCACUCGCAAGUAGAAUCAUGAUGAAGUUCUUGCUGCCGUUUUUCAUUUUAAGUUUAAUUCCAAGUCAACCCGGAAAUUAUGCGUUGGGUUCGACUGAUGAAGAUAUUUCACUUUCUACAUUGAUCGAAAAGCUUGAAGCAAUACCUUCCAAUAUAAACACCGGGUUACUGAUAUGUCUGAAUUCGAGUACGGUCCCUUCACUCGGCUGUGAAAAUGAAAUAAACGACGGAAGUAAAAUGAUAUGGUGCCUGUUAAAGGAAUUUUGUUACAUGGAAAAGAAGCCUGAUGUAAUUAAUAUAGUAGAAUGUCUUUCAACAUUAUUUGGAGUAAAUGUAUACGAUAUACCGAAAGAGGUUUUCGAUGCUUAUGUAAACAAAACAUACGUAUCUGUUGAUAGAAUUUACAACAAUAUCCAUACUGGAGUGAUUAAUUGUGAAUUGAUCUAUGGCGGUCAAUCAUUAAAUAGUCGAUCUCCUCUGAGUGAUCUAAAUCAGCUUACUCAAGAACAGAUAAGAGAAUUUAUAACUUGGUACAUUGAGUAUUAUGUCUCUUUAUAUAAUCAAAUUCCACUUGAUUAAAAUGUACCUUUUUACGUUAAUAUAUCAAACUAUUCUUGAUGUAGCCUACAUUUAUUGAAAUGUAAUAAAAUAUAUAUUCAACUGCAUACAAA